UAUUCUCAUCUGUGUAUCUGCUGGAGUCUCUGACUGAACCAAUGGUUGAUAUGCUUCGCCACUUGUCCAUCCGCCAUUAAAAUAAUUGACAUUGGCGUCUUUCUGCAUCUUCGAUAUCCCGCAAACUGUCUUCUGCGCCUCUUGAUUAAUGUUGUUCCAAGAUUCAGUCUUGAUAGUUCUAGUUCUGAAUAAAAUUACUCUCCGGUCUUCUUUGAGUUAUAUCCAGCAAGGAAUGGACACUUUUCAUUGAGAUUGACUGCAAAAUUUUAUUGUAGGCCUCAUUGUGUGAACCUUUUGGUUUAAUUUGAACCAAUUUUCAGUUGAAAUGGACAACGGGGAGCUUGAUUUUCCGAAUGAUCAACUAUUAUCAUGUUUGGAUACAAUCAAUGCUCAGGCCAGUUGCUCAUUUGACAUAGACGAGUUUCUCAGUCGAACACAGGUUUGCAAUGAUGCCCUCGGUCGGACAGAGGCCUGCACUGAUUCUCUUGGCCGUACACAGGCCUGCACCCAUGCUCAUGCUUGCAACACAGCUGGUCCUGAUAACUCCCACACACACACUUGUUACCAUAUCCACACCCAAGUUAUGCCUGCCACUAGUGAAGUUCCGUCCCCAAGUGAUGAUACUGCAGAGUCAGUAGAGAGAAAACCUAAGAGACGCCCUCUAGGUAAUCGUGAAGCCGUACGCAAGUAUCGCGAGAAGAAGAAGGCUCGUGCUGCUUCAUUGGAGGAUGAAGUUAUUAGAUUGAGAACUUUGAAUCAACAGCUAAUGAAGAGGCUUCAGGGUCAAGCUUUAUUGGAGGCUGAGAUUGCUAGGCUCAAGUGCUUGCUUGUGGACAUUAGAGGAAGAAUUGAAGGCGAAAUCGGAGCUUUCCCCUACCAGAAGCCCCACAAGAGUGGUGAUGUCUAUCAAUACCUUGUAAAUGCUAGUCCUGGUACCUAUGUGAUGAAUCCAUGUAAUACACAGCAGAACAAUCAGCUUCAUUGCCUUCACUCCGGAUCAGAAGGUGCUGCAUUAAAUGGUCAAAGCUUCAGUGACUGUGGAUUUGACAAUCUGCAAUGUUUGGGGUAUGAAAAUUCUGGUCUUAAGGAUCUUCCGGGAUGUGAGAUUGGCAGUGGUAAUGGCAUAGCUACUGGCAAUACAUCCAACGGGAAUAAGAGAAAAGGUGAAUUUUAUUGCUCUGAUUAUACAAGGUUUUUCAGCUUACUAUAUGCAUGGCAAUUAAAUGUGACGUGGUAGGAAAAGAUAUAAUUUCUUUCUUAAUGACUUUGCUAAUUUGUGUGUUGCUUUUUGCUUAACUUGUCAUUGUUUGGAUGAGGAAAGGAUAGUGUUUUUUCCAUCUUACCUCUAGUUGCAUUGCUUAUAUAACUGUGAUAGCGUUUUUGAUAUUUUAAGAAUUAUGUCAUAUGGAUUGGAUGGUUGAAAUUUAUGCCAAAUGUAUUCUGACAUGAGCAAGUGCCCAGUGAGUCAGGUGGCUCUCUACUUUCUCAUGGUCUGACCUGUAUUCCUGGCUUUCAUUGUCUGUUACUUUCGUUUUGUGUAAGAUUUUUUUAGCGGAUCAACCAUUUACAUUUUGAUAGAAUUUAAUCUGUUCCAACAGGAGGAACCCUAAAGAAAUCAAAUAAUGGGGUUUCAGUUUAUUUGCUUGUUACUUAUACCAAUAUUUUCUAGUGAUUUGACAUCAUGUUGACUUGACAAUCUGAUCGUCGUUGGCUAAGUACAAAUAGAAAUCCGAACUUUUAGAUACUUCCAAUAUAUUCCUAGUACUGUAAUGACAGCAAUUAAUCUGCCUUUAUGUACGGAAUCUGCUUUUACAGCAUGACUUGAUCUGUCUUCCAUUGACAACCCCAGCACCCUCUAAACA